AUGCGGGGCCUGACUGCCAAGCUUACCGUUGCCGCCUGCAUGUCCAUGGCCAUGGCAGGCGGGACCUCGGCAGACCCAACCAAGAGGCCCCAAGUUCAGAUACUGCCCCCCCUGCGUGACCAGGCUCAGAUCGUCGACGCCUGGACCGAGGAGCGCAGAACGCUGAUCCCAGGCAUCUUGCGAAAAUAUGGUGUUGAUGCGUGGCUAAUAAGCCAACGUGAAUAUGCCGAGGACACGGUCUUCUGGGCUCUUAAAGAGUACGCCCAAUUCUCCGCCCGGCGCCGCACAACUCAGGUGAUUUUUGCCAACACCACGGGCGACUCGCCGUCUUCAUAUCAGUGGAUCGACAACACGCCUCAGGUCUGGUCUGACCUCAAGGCUGUCCUCGCCGAGCAGCAGCCACGCACUAUCGCGCUGAACACACACACCGAGCUGGCCUUCAGCAGUGGUCUGCACGCCGGUGAAUUGGACGCGAUUGAGGCUGCCCUGGGAGAGGAGUGGGCCGACCGUUUCAUCCUCGAGCCUAUGAUUGCCGUCGAGGUUGUCGCAACCAUGGUCGACAGCCGACUUGGCUGGUACCGCAAGUUGAUGGAAACAGCCUGGGCAAUCAUCGAGGAGGCUUUUAGCAGCAAGCAUAUCAAGCCUGGCGAAACGACGACCUUAGAUCUGGAGUGGUGGAUGAGGGAGCGUAUCCAAUCGCUGAACUAUACUACUUGGUUCCAACCAAGCGUGUACAUUCUGACGGAAAAUGACUGCAGUAUGUGUUCUGAGUCAAGGACGAGGAGAUUUCCCGGCGACAAAGACCACGUCAUCCAGUUUGGAGACAUUAUUCAUACUGAUUUUGGAGUCUCUGCCUUGGGCCUGAAUACUGAUACGCAACACUUGGGCUAUGUGCUGGAGCCAGGCGAGACGGAGGACGACAUCCCUAACAGUGUUCUUGAGGGCUUGAGGAAGGGAAAUCGACUACAGGACAUAACGAAGGCGCAUAUGCAGGUUGGUGUCACAGGAAACGAAAUCCUCAGGAAUAUUCGAAUGACCAAUCUACAAGACGAGGUUCCAUUUCUUGGAGACCUUCCUCUGUUGAAGAAUAUAUACUACAGCAUUGAGCUGUUUGCGCAGCAUUACAUCCCGGAGAAAAACAUGACGGUCAACUUCCCGCUGGAGGAGGACGUCUACUGGAACGAAGAAACUCAGGCUUGGGAAUGGGUAUUUGGCCGGCAGUCCAAAUACCUCGUCGUUCAUCCUCCCCGCAAGAGCACGGCGCAAACACCAGAGCUUGAACUCUAG